UACCGGACAAAUAUAUUGCUGGUGAGACACGCUUACACUUCUGAAAAGCUACAGAUACCUCAUCAUUACAGAAACAGGAAACAGUGUUCUUCCUCGAGUCUUACUGUGUCCAGUCCACAGCGCCUCUAUUGGAUAGGAGGAGUAUCGUAUUAGUACACAGGGAUAGUCUGUGGAUAGCUUUUUAUUUUAUUUUAUUUUGGGGGGGUUUUUACUGCAAGAAAAGAAAACUACAGAAGCCCUAAACGGCCAUGGAUUAUUACUUUUUUCCUGUUGUUUUCUAGUGAUCUCGACUUAAUUUUCCUGUGUACUGGACAUCCAUCAUCCCGAAGUCAAUGUUUUUUUUUGUUUGUUUGUUUGUUUUUAAUGAGAUUUUGGUUAAAAGCCUGAAAUAUGGUCUGUGGUUAACACAAGCUCAAAAUAUUUCCACGUUUUAUUGUACGACAUAAAAUACAGUACACCAGUAAUACCCCACUCGUGAUUUUUAAAAGCUUUAACGUGUACUUAAAAAGGAGGAUGCUAACACGUUGCUAAAUGGGAUUACAGACGUUGUCGGGGACAUUAAACGUCAUCACGCCGAACAGGAAAAAACUGGUUCAGAGUUUAUUUUUAGCGAGAAUCCAAAAGCCUAUGGGUUUUUGUCGAGGGAACCAGAGUGACGCUAACUUCCUAGUUCCGGUACAAAAUGAAGUCACGCCUGCACCAUCAGAGGCUGGAACUGGCAAAACAUUUAAGAAGAAGAUAGCUGUACGGUCAUUGGAUGUAUGGAUAUCUUGUCCAAUCAAACCUAAAAAGGAUCCUCCAGUCAUUUCACUUAAUCAGCAGGAAAGUUCAGAAUUUUUGCCUCGACAACCAGAGUUUGUUUUUUCUUCGAGUCGCUGUACAGAUGAUCAAGAGAAAUUUGUGGAUACCAGUAAGAGGAAAUUGAUAUCAAUCCCAGCACCUGCUGAUGAACAGCCCAAGGCAGAUUUUGAGAAUGUGGCAAAGAGGUGUAAACGCUCGUGGAGUGUCUAUCCACCAAAAACGAAAACACCUCAGAGAACACAAUACAUCUCCAGACAGUUCCACAAAACUGUACAGAGAUAUGGACUUGACUUGCACCAGAGAGCAAAAUGGAUCAUUUCUGAGCUGAACUGUGCACCACAGAGCAUUGAGGAGGUUUGGUCCAAGCUCAACCAAGCUAUUAAGCAGUCCAGGCUUCCAACAUGCAAUGCCAAUUAUCAAAGAAACUUGAUCCAAAUCUGGGUGUACUGUGACAUAUCUUACUGUGAAUAUAUUGGAAAUUUCUUGCGGGAAAAUUUCCAGCUCUCAGGGGAGCUCAGUUUAGCUGUCCAUAAACUAGGAGACAUCUUUAAAUUGUAACUAGUAGCAGGGCAGAAGUGGAUAUUAGUAUGUGGGUACAAUGUGGUAAUCUGUAUUAGUUAAACAAUUGCCAUUAUGUUUUAGUGCAGGUGAUGACAUCACUAAAACAUGAACUUCAUGUGUACAUCAAUUAAAAAACAAUGCAAGAAUGAGAGAGAACAAACGAGGUAAAAUCAGUAGUUUGGUAUUUCUGCAAUGUUUUGAUGAAAACAAGCAAAAAAGGCAAAAAUAAAUAACAUCUUUUUUCUUUUUUUCCCAUUUUUUUUUUUUUUUUUUAAAGAAGCCCACAAUGGAGGCUAUUAGCUUGAUCUACUGAAAGUGAGAUGAUAGGUUGUACAAUCAAUACAUCCCUUUUUAAAGCAUUUUUAAAUUUCUGGUUCUGGUGUGUUGUUCGUCUGUUCAUGAACUAAAACAUUUUCAGUAAAAAAGACAUUAUAUGGAACAGGUCUACCUAGUUACUUUUUGAAAACACAUGCCACAAUUCAGAGAAGAGCCAAACUAAUAAUUCUGUUCUUGGGAGAAUAUAUCUAGGGUUUUUAUAUCUGAAUUGGGUGAACGGUGUAGUAAUUGCAGCACUUUUUUAAAGGGACCAAAAGUAAAUGGACAAAACCAUAAAUUAAAUUGUAAUUUUUAAUACUUGGUUGAAAAUCCUUUCCACUCAAUGACUGCAUCUACAAUCCAUACAACCCAAAUCUACAACCCAUACACUUCACCAGACACUGGGUUUCUUCCCUGUUAGUGCUAUAUCAGAUUUUUACUGCAGCUAUCUUCAGGUCCUGUUUGGUCUUGGGGCAUUUUCAGUCUUGCCUUCAGCAAGUGAAAUUCAUGCUCAAUUGGACUCAGAUCAGGUGACUGACUUGGCCACUGCAGAACAUUCCACUUCAUUGCCUUAAAAAGUUCAAGUUCAGGUGGCUUUAUUGUCAUUUCAACCAUAUACAGCUGGUACAGUACACAGUGAAAUUAAACAACGUUACUCCAGGACCAUGGUGCUACAUAAAACGACACACUAACCACAUGAGACACAGAAUUAAAUAAGAUCGACACAUUCUACACAAAGUGCACCUGCAAAUGUGUGCUAACAACACAAGACAGUACAAUACUACUAAAACAUGACACUAGGCACAGUAAGUGACAGUGUAGCGCCAACCAGUAGACAGUUUUAGUGUGGAAAUGUCCGAUAUAAUAGCUAGUGCAAAAGAUAGGUGCCAAAGAGUAACAAUAUAAUUUAAAAAUGGUAUAAAUGUGAACAUAACAUGCUAUGACUUAGUCUUCAGCAGAUUAGCUUAUACCAAAUAUGGACAUAGCGUUUAUUCUGGUAGCAGCCAGGUAAAGUGUAUAAUAGUGACAAUAAAGUAAAUACUAUAUUUCUAUAAAUACAGUAGCAGCAGAAAUGCAAGAGUCAAUGCA